CCAGUGGCAACGACGUGUGACUUCGCUGAAAGAAAGCAGAAAACAUUCAUUCUUUUUGUGGACAUCUUUAAAUAUACUUUUAAGAUCAGCAACUGAAUUAUUGAAUAAGAAAAUGUAGUAAAAACUAAAAUGCUACUAAACAAAGGUUUGGAAAAAUGGACAAACUUGAAAGAACUGAUAAAUCGCGGUAUUACUGUAUCUAAUGCAGGAAACGAGAACACUGUCGAGUUUGUAAAUAUUGUUAAAGAUGUACACAAAGCUGUUUACCUAUACGGCGACGAGAUCUUGGACAGUUUACCCCAAUCUUCGAAAAAACAAACGCUUGGACUGUUCGGGCUAAAUAAGGAACGAUUUGGCAAAGUCGACACUGAAGAAGAAGCCAGUAAAGCAAAAGAAGAGUUUCUGCAACUUGAGAACAAAAUUUACCGGAAUCAGACGGUAAAGUUCAUUUACGACGAAAAGGCAAAAACAAGUUCAUUGUCAACGACACGUGUAAGACAGCGUCUGUGUGACUUGAUGGGAACGGAUGUCAUACGUCUUAAUGACAAGCGGUACUUCCAGACGCUUACACAACGUCUGCAAGAUGAAUAUGAGACGAUAAUGGACAAACAGGAAGAUGCGCGUGCAGCGUCCGAGCAUGAGCGCCUGCGCAGACUGAUGCUUGAGGGAAUCAUUGAUGCUCCAAAUGAUUACAGAGCUGUUGUGCAGGGUCAUGAUAAGAAACAGAACAAAAAGAAAAAACGAAGGAAAAUCAAGAGACAUACUGACAACCAUGUGACAUACGAUUUAGAUACAAAAGCCUCUGAUGAUGAAGGCCAGUCUAAAUCACGAAAAGAGGAUGUUGUCACUCAAGUUGAGAUAUUGUCUGGUUCCCGGCCAACCUCUGAAAAGUCACGUGAUACAGUUGAGGAUCCAUCACCCAAAGCACCGGCAACCAGAAGAAGAUCGGUUAAGAAAGUCACUGUAGAAAAGGAGAACGAGAGAUUAAAUAAAACUUUAAAAGAGAUGCAUGCUCGUCCUCCACAUCAUGAAAGCGCUUUACGACCUACGUCUUCAUGCUCUACACACCGGAAGUCAAGACGGAUAAAAUCUGCCGCACCACGGUUGACUUACACCGGAAGGGAACCGACUUCCUCUGACGAUGAAAGCAGUAGCGCAACAAACGAAUUUGAUACUCAGAGUCUACCCGAAAGAAUGUCUAGCCGAAAACCGUCCAAGUACAGCACAAACGAGCCUGAGCGUGUCACAAAACUAAGAAUGGAGGAGACCGUUGCCGGACUAUAUUCAAUAGCGGAAGAGCUUGUAUCUCCUGUGAAGGCGGACGAUCAGCCUCAAAGAAAAGGAGGAAAGAAAGCAUACUGAAUGUUUAAGACGAAGAGCUGCCCUUGGACUCGAAAGGAAAACCCCUGAUAUGCAAAUAUACACGCUUAUUGUUGGUGUUUGUUUUAUAAAUAUCCUUGUGAUUGAGUGUACAUUAAAGAUAUAUAACAUCGAGGCGACAAAAGCCGGAUCGGAAUGUAAAACAGAGAAUGAAACGAUAUAUUAUACACUGUAUUACAAUUAAAUAUCUUUGUGACUGUGUGUACCUUAAAUUAAAGAUAUACUACGUCUUGCAACUGUUGCCAGAUUGAAAUGUAAAACAAAGAAUAAAGAUAUAUCAUUAAAUGUA